GCUAAACCGAAAGUCCUCACAGCGGAGGCCAAACUGAAUGGCUCCAAGGUAGCCACUUUCGGCCCCUCGGCCACUUCCCCGGCCUCACGCCCCAGGAAACAGCCCCUCAGGCACCGCACUGCCCGCCGCCGACCUCCUCUUCCAGGCCCUUCCGGGAGUCGCCGCCCUUUGCCCCCGGAAGUGGGCGGGAGAGGAAGCGGCUGGUGAUGCUGGAACAACAUGGCCGUCCCGGCGCCGGUCGGCCCCUCGGGCUCCCGCUGUCCUCCGCUGGUCGCCGGCGUCCGGCUGCUCCCACUGCUGGGGCUGCUGCAGCUGCUGGCUCAGCCCGGCCUGGGCCGCGUCCACCACCUGGCGCUCAAGGACGACGUGAGGCAUAAGGUUCACCUGAACACCUUUGGAUUCUUCAAGGACGGGUACAUGGUGGUUAAUGUCAGCAGCCUUUCCGUAAAUGACCCUGCGGGAGCCACAGACAAGGACACAACCAUUGGAUUCAGCCUGGACCGCACGAAGAAUGACGGAUUUUCUUCUUAUCUGGAUGAAGAUGUGAAUUACUGUAUUUUAAAAAAGCAGUCUGUCUCUGUCACCCUUCUAAUCCUAGACAUCUCCAGAAGUGAGGUGAGAGUAAGAGCCCCCCCAGAAGCUGGUACACAGUUACCAAAGAUCGUCUUCAGCAAGGAUGAGAAGGUCCUCGGCCAGAGCCAGGAGCCCGGGGCUAACCCUGUUUCAGCGGGCAACCAGAUUCAGCCAAAACAAGACAGUGGAAAAUCUAAAAGAAGCACAGUAGAUUCAAAGGCAACGGGAGAAAAAUCCUUUUCUGUUCACAAUAGUGAUGGGGCAGUUUCUUUUCAGUUUUUCUUUAACAUCAGCACCAAUGACCAAGAAGGCCUCUACAGUCUUUAUUUCCAUAAAUGCUCUGGGAACGAAGUGCGGUCUGGCGACAAGUUUUCCUUCAGUCUUGAUAUUGAGAUCACAGAGAAGAACCCUGACAGCUACCUGUCCGCAGGAGAGAUCCCCCUCCCUAAAUUAUACAUAUCUAUGGCCUUUUUCUUUUUCCUUUCUGGGACCAUCUGGAUUCACAUCCUUCGAAAACGAAGGAAUGACGUAUUUAAAAUUCACUGGUUGAUGGCGGCUCUUCCUUUCACGAAGUCUCUUUCCUUGGUGUUCCACGCGAUCGACUACCACUACAUCUCGUCCCAGGGCUUUCCCAUCGAGGGUUGGGCUGUCGUGUACUACAUCACUCACCUCUUGAAAGGGGCACUCCUGUUCAUCACCAUCGCGCUCAUCGGCACGGGCUGGGCUUUCAUUAAGCACAUCCUUUCCGAUAAAGACAAAAAGAUCUUCAUGAUCGUCAUCCCGCUCCAGGUUCUGGCGAACGUGGCCUACAUCAUCAUAGAGUCCACUGAGGAGGGGACUACAGAGUAUGGCUUGUGGAAGGAUUCUCUGUUUCUGGUAGACCUGCUGUGCUGUGGAGCCAUCCUCUUCCCAGUGGUGUGGUCAAUCAGGCAUUUACAAGAAGCAUCAGCGACAGAUGGAAAAGCUGCUAUUAACUUAGCAAAGCUGAAACUUUUCAGACACUAUUACGUCUUGAUCGUGUGUUACAUAUACUUCACCAGGAUCAUCGCAUUCCUCCUCAAGCUCGCCGUUCCGUUCCAGUGGAAAUGGCUCUACCAGCUCCUGGACGAAAUGGCCACGCUGGUAUUCUUUGUUCUAACGGGCUGUAAAUUCCGUCCGGCUUCAGAUAACCCCUACCUACAGCUUUCUCAGGAGGAUGACCUGGAAAUGGAAUCCGUAGUGACGACAUCAGGGGUGAUGGAGAACAUGAAGAAAGUCAAGAAGGUGACCAACGGCUCGGUGGAACCCCAGGGCGACUGGGAGGGCACCGCGUGAUGGACAUGCCUGGCGGCUGGGACUGUCCGAGAGAACCUCUAAUUUAUUACUCGUCCUAGUGGUGAGCAGGAGCACCUCCCGACAGUGACACCACAGAGCACGCGGCUGGGAACAAAGUGCCACGGAAACCUAAUUUUUUACUCUCUUUUAUGGAAACUGGAUCUGUGGCUGGUUAUGGGCAGCUAGAAUUCUCCUUCAGGUGGGAAUGGUGGGGAGGGCGUGUAGACAGAGGAGGACAAGAGGAAGACUUUGUUUGUAGUUUCUAUUUCUUUCUUUUUCUUCAUUGGGAACUCUCCAGAAAGACGCAGUUGUGCCCCCCAGUGUGUGGCAGCAGGGAGAGGAGUGUUGGUGGACGGCGGCGGCGCGAGGCCGGGGCCGGUCCCGGCUCGGGAAUGAGGCUGCAGGAAAAGAGCAGGGGCUGAGCCAGGACGCAGGGACUUAGAAGAGAGACGGAGCUCACCGUGGCAUCUUUGGGGCACAAAAAUGAAUGAAAUUAGGUUAUUUUAGAAGGCAGCGUCAAAACCCAGUUUAGUGUACGGAGCCUGCCACGGGGUUCCUGGCCCAGAGUGUUGCCCCAGACCUUGACCCCAGACUCUGAAAGUGACCAGGAACCAGGAGCUCCAGAGGCCCGGCCGUCUUCUUCCCAGAAGGGCUGUGUCAUCUGGGGGCUGAGCAUCCCCGUCAGAGUCACGGCCCCGGAACCGUGGUGGGAAGUGCUUUUCUUGAUGGAAGCGGAUGUGGUGUUGUCUAACGGGUGGACAGAAGUGUACAUUUAAGCUCAGAAAGCGUUAUCCAGUAGGAUUCCCUCAAACAUCUGGCUCCCCUGACUGCCCAGAGCAGGACCACCUCUUUUCCUUCUCUCGCUGUGGCUGUGUCUGUUUCGUGUAAUCAAAAUAUGGGGAGAAACGGGAAGGAGUUUUCCUUAAAGGAGCAGCUGGGGGCAGACAAGGUAGUGUUUAAGCAGGUAUUUAAGUACAAGCAAAAAUCAUCAUCACUAAAAAGUUUUUCCUAUAAACCAGGUAGGCUUUCUAACAGGAAUGAAACAGACCUCGUCCCCAUCUCCCCGGAGCGUGCCUGCCAGGAGAGCAGGUGUGUUGAACAGCUUUUCUCUCUGGGGCUGGGGAUGGCGAGCUCUUUCUCGGAGACUCAGCAGAGCGUCCUUCCAAACUCUCCGAGCCUGGAGAGGAGCGCGGGCAGCCGCCUCCGGGGAACAGUGGUACAGCUGGUAGUGAAGUCCUUUGGAUGGUGGGACGAGCUCAGAAGGUCCACUGUGGCCCCGGGGUGGAGGUGGGCGGUAAUCCCCCACCAGAGUGAUGGUGACCCAGACCUGAGCCCAGAAGCUGAACCGUGGCCUUGUUGGAAACGUUUCCGAGGGUGCCAGGAGCCUGCACCUGCCUGGGCCUGGGGCUGGGGGUGGACAGCCGUCUCUGGAGGUGGUUUUCUCCCCUCCCCGGCUUGGAAGCGUCCUUCAGAAACUGCAGAAUUCGGGGGGUGGCCCUCAGCUCCCCAGGUUCACCACCUGAAGAGUCUGUCCUCAGUUGUCCCUCUCCUGUCCUCUCUGUCCCGGACGAAGGGAGCAGGAGAAUGUCCUCUUCAUGCACUGUCCUUAGCCCUCGGUGCUCUGCGCGGCUCUUCCUGCACAAAGGCUCCGUCCUGGCUGGGCAUGGGGUGUGAGCUGGAAUCUUCUGUCUUCUGAGGCUGCUGCUGCUCGCCUUGCCGCAGAUUUGAGGGCAGGGAUCAUGUGUUUCCCCAGUUUGAGGAGCAAGGAAAUUUGCUCUAAGUAUUUAUUUAAGGGACUGCUGCUUUGUCUUUCUGUCUUCCUUCUUUCCGUUUUCUCAGAUGGGGCUACACGAUCGGAGAAGGGGGUUUCAGGGAGGUCGGGAAUGUUAGACUCUUUUCCUGGCGUAAACACAGUCCCAGUACUUCCAAAAUGGGCCUCAUACUGUGAUCAAACCCCCCUCGGUGCUCCCCUCAGAGGGACGCCUUUGCCAUUCGUCCUGCGAGCAGAUAUUCUUGACUGGUCCCUAGACUUCCUGGUAAGACCCAGAAGUGUGAUGAAACCUCCCUCCUCCUCCGGAAAGGGUCCCUGCGGAGGUGUCCUUGAUUCACUUGCUGGAAGCCAGGGAGCGAAGGAGCCCUGGAGGAGCACGUUGGGGCACCUCUGACCUGACUGCCCUCCCCAAGCCGGCCGUGGCUCCCACCUUCCUCUGCCAGAGCCUCGAGCCUCAGCAGCCAUGCGAGGCCGGGAGCCAGAGCGUCGGGCUCCCGAUGCCACACAUGCGCCUCGGGGCUCAGGCGCACAGUGGCUGAGGAGCUGCAGAUGGUCGCGACCCUUCUGAACGGGAGGGUGCAGGCCAGAUAAGGUCGUGAUUUAGGAGUAAAUGCUAACCAGUCUGCCGGAGUCCUGUAUUGUAACUGGCAGGAGGUUCGAAGUGAGGCCCAGUGACAAGAAAAAUCAAAACCCCAGCCCCAGUUUGGGAAAACUGGUUUUCCCACAUUUGUGCAGGUUGUUAGAGCUCUCCUUCCUGUCCUGUAAAAACGUCUUCCCGGUGUCCGUCAUCUGGGCGCUGUGACCCGCCUUCAGCUCUCCUCCCGAGCAGAGGUGACUGCGGGGGUCCAAAGCCAGCUGGUCGCCCCGGUCCUUCCAGCAGCCCACAUGGUGCGCCGGGAGGCAGAGCUCCUACAGCUGAACCAGCGUUUUGGGGCCCCGGGCAGGAAGGCUCGGGUGUGUGUCUGAGAGCGAUGGGCAGUAUUUACAGCUUCGCCUUGUGCUCCUGCUCCCCGUUUCUGCCUCUGCAGGAUUGCCCUGCUUCCUUUGAGAGAGCUGCUCUGGACCACCCGGGCGGCCGGCUGCCAGCUUUGAGGAAGGAAAGGGUCUGUUGUCCCGUAAUAAAGUGUGUAUGUUUUGCUAGAAAAUUACUACUUAGACAGCAGGAACAAUCAUUGAUCUCUUCAUCCUGGCUUCUAACAGUGGCCAAAGACGCCAUCAGCCUGUUUCUUAGGUUCUUUGAUGCUUUAAAAUUUCAGUAGCCGUGUGUUCGAACCUGCUGACUCCAGCUCCGGUGGACUGGUGGCCCGUCCAGUGUGAAAGAUGGCUUCCCCGAUCAUAGCCUGAGUCAGUUCCAUUUUCUUCCAAGAAAUCACUUAGUAAAAUGUCCAGGUGUGAUUUCUCCCGGACACAUCUGGGCAGCCCCGCAGCACUGCCUCUUCGUGCUCCGAGUGCCUGUCCUGGCGCGCUUCCUGCUCCUGCGUUGUGAGCUCCUCGGGAUGGCUGCUCCCUCUUGUUCCACUACCUGCCCCCCCCCUCCAACCACUCCUCCUCCCCCUCCUCCCCCUCCUCCUCCUGCUCCUCCUCAGCCCACGGCUGUCGAUUGCACAUGGGCUCCGUCUGGGACUAGGGGCUGAAGGCUUUGGUGCACUGCAGCAUUUUCUCCCGGUGGCCGUGUGACAGAUGUACUUUCUAAGCCAAGGAGAGUUUUCUCGAGAGUGUACAUACUGAUGCUGCACGUUGCGCUUUGGGCCCUCGCACACCAGUGUGUUCUGGUGUAAUACUUAAGAGACUGUUACCAGGAGCCAGUCCUUACGGACCCAGAAGAGUGUGAAAGAUCCCCGUUUGACUUGCAGGCGGCAUCCGGGCCACCUCCCACGGCCGGAGGCGUCUUCUCCCCAGGAAGGCUCUCAGAACAUUAGAGGGUCUGAUGAAGGGGUUAGCACUGCUCCCUGCACUCCGUGGGACCGUGGGACUGUUCGUGCUGCCCCGCUGCUGGAUUUCAAGGGAAGCGCAUCCCAGCCCCCUCCUGGCCCCACACUCCACAGUCACCCCCUUUGCUUUCGUCUGACCCACCCUGGCCUUCUAACAGAUUGAGAAUGUGCUCGGUCUCCAGUGCCCGUGGCUGCUACCUGUCUCUCCCGUUCAGGAUUCAGUCGGUAAAUGAGAAGCUUCCCCACUAAAGAAUUUAGGCUUUGACUUGGUACUUCUUGGUAUGCCAAGAAGGCGUUUAUCUGGAACACGCCGUAUGUUCCAAAAGAUCGCUCUUGACUCCAGGUUUCUUCCUCCCGGGUGCUGGGGGCCCACCUGAGUGGAUGCUAAUACUUGUCCCACCUGCAGUGUGGUGAGGUGAACUGAACACUCCAGCUCUCCCCAGGGGCUGUGCUCUACCCUGUACCCCCUCUGGAUGGCUUAUUCUUGGAAAAUGUUUCUCGGUGUCUCUCUGUUAGGGCGUGGGACAUGCGCAUCCCCCGAGCCCCUGUGUGAGGAAGGCAGCCCGACCGAGAGAGGGACGAGGCGGUGUAGGAGCCAGGAUCUGGUCGUGUUGCACAGGGACUGUUGGAGUUCCGGGGGUAGGAAGUCUGCAGGCAGGCCGUUGGGGAAGAAGGAGUUCUGGACAAAUUAAGGGUUGAGGUGAGGCAGAAAAGCUCACUCACUUCAAGAUAGCUCAUUUUAGGGCCAUCUUUGAGGUUGUGCAGUGGACAGCCAAAUCAGAUGGGGGUGGGGGGCAGCAGGGCAGCCUUCUUAGCAUUUCAGAUACUUACUACAAAAGGAUCCCCAAAUCCCGGCCAAACCGGGGCGGGGGGGCAGUUCUUGGCACCUUAAGCAGCUUUUCCCACCAUAAAUUGGAUUUGCCUGGUCAUGUGACCUCAAAAGAAGUCAGACACAUUUAAUCCAGAAAUAAGUUUUAUUUGGGGGAGAAAAUGUCUGUAAAUAUCAUUUGCUUUCCACGUUAGACUGGGAUGCAGGAGUUUUCAGUAUUUCUUUUUUUUAACACUAAUGAUCACUGAAGAGUAUUUAUGUAAACACGUACCGGGUGGGGCUUCCAAUCAGGGUGAGGUAUGGGCUCGAUUCUCUCGCUGUGAUGCAGACAUGUAAAAUAAAGAUUCUCUGACGGAAAUGGA